GGAUAUUCCGUCUGAUGGAGGCUGCUCUGGGAUAUUGGUUGGCAAAGGAAGCGGCCAUGGCGUUGGUUGGCAGAUUGCGCAGAUGCUUUCCGGUUCCGGUGGGCAUAUUUGUAGCGCAGAGUAAGGACGAGGGAGAGACGGAGUAGUCGGCAGAUACUGGGCAGAACACACCGAUAAAGCACUUCCAUGGCAACCACUGCCCUCAGCCGGGAUCCCUUCUUAGGGGUGCAUUUGUCCUGCCAGAAGCUGACGUCACAACGAGUAGUGAGGCACGCCUUGGCCAUCAUGCACCUAUUGAGCAGCCAGGACGACCCGUUGGUACACACAGACAGUGGAUCUAGUUUGCUGCUUGAGAAAAGGAACCACGAGAAGAAACUGAAAGUAGAUCAAAUCAUGAAACUGGUUAUGGGAAUAAUUCACCUCCUGAAUGAGAUCCCUGUGCAGAUGGAAGAGGUGAAUUUUUCAGAAGAAGAGUGUGUUUCCCUGGAGAAGGAGCAGAGAGACCUAUACAAGGAUCUAAUGAUGGAAAAUGACGUGACCCUGAAAUCUCUUGCUUCUUUCAGUGUGAAAACAGAGUCCCGUUCAAGAGAUGACAGAGAAGAGCUUCAUAGAAAGGACCAGACAACAAAUCACCCCCCUGAUAUGAGCCCAAACACAUUCCCUUGCACAUAUGCCCCUGGGCAGAAUGCAAAAGCAACCUCUUUGGUGGAUGUCAUGGCAACUUCCUACCCAAGUGAUUCUAUAGAGCCCUACUGUAGUACCGUCACAGACUCCUCCAGACUUGCCUGUUUAGCCAACUUCACCAAAUCCUCCAAAAGUCUAGGAUCAAUCACUUGUACCACAACCUCUAUUAAUCAAGAAUCACACCCCCUCACAAAUAGCUCUGAUAUGGAACACUCCAUAAGCAACACUGUAAUGGAAAAUUCCAUCAGCACAUACCAGAAUCAUUCUGGCAUUGAAUGCUUGGUGAGUACUUAUCCCAAUAAUGGCAGUAGUGAAGAGACAGUGACUACCUUUUCUGAGCCCUCUCUCUUAGGAGAUUCAAUAAGUUUCAACCCAAAAGCGGCAUCAGAAUUGUGCAAAGACUCCUAUAUGGACAAUUACCCCAAUGCAUUAACCGAGCAGAGCAUGAUCACCUCUAGUGGGACUCCCUGUGGCGCACUGAUCAAUCGUUUCACUGGCUCCUAUCCAAGCUCAAGCUCAGAUCCCUUUCCAGAUAACACGCCAGCCAUUCAGAUCAAACAGGAGGGAUCCCUGUCAGAUGUGCCUUCCGGGAAAUUGGCCAUGGCCAUUUCUUAUAAUCCAGCAGGGGUGCAGACGUUCUUUAAAAAACAAGGGAAAGGGGCAAAGAAAUCUCCUUCCCCAAGGAACCCAGGGCAGAGUAACGAAAAGCAGAAGGAGGCGCGAUGGAGCCCAGUUUUAACAGACAAAUGGCAGACAGUAGGUGAGAACACCAAGGCCCACUGUGCCAAGUCUGAUAGCCGGACUCUGCUCAGGAAGCACCCAGUGAAGAAGCCAUUUGAGUGCAUGAAGUGUGAGAAGAGCUUCAAGUGCAGGUCUCACCUGAUCAUGCAUCAAAGGGUCCAUACAAGGGAGAGGCCCUACGUUUGCACAGAGUGUGGCAAAAGCUUCACCCAGAGCUCUAAUUUGUUCCGUCACCAGAGGGGGCAUCGGGGAGAAAGGCCGUAUGUCUGUACAGAGUGUGGGAAAACGUUCACCCAGAGCUCCUAUCUCCUUAUUCAUCAGAGGACUCACACGGGGGAACGACCGUAUUCCUGCAGCAACUGUGGCAAAAGCUUCCGGGUGAGCUCCACCCUGGUGAGACAUCAGAGGGUCCACGUGGGAGAAAAGCCGUACAGCUGCACAAAGUGUGGCAAGCGCUUUAGCCAGAGUUCCUAUCUUCUGAUACACGAGAGGACUCACACUGAGGAGAGACCAUUCACCUGCACUCUGUGUGGCAAAGGCUUCAAGGUGAACUCAUCUCUAUUGCGCCACCAGAGACUGCACCUGGGAGAGAAGACUCACACUUGCACACACUGUGGCCAGGGCUUCCCCGAGCUUGCCAGACUCAUCACACACCAGCAUACCCACUCUAGCUUCCAUGGGGGGUCAGGAGGGGUCGCAGCUGUAGGCUUGGCCUUGGAUUGGGAGUAGUGGAGUUGUGAGGUACUGGCGGAACCCUUGCCUUGGAAGCUGUCAAUGGGGAUUCAUUGCAGACUAUGAAGGGGUCAAAAUGUAAUGGCAUUGAAGCCAAGAACUUGGCCAAAGAUAAUGCCUCUCAAGAUACUGGGGCCCAUAAGGCUAGCCGACAAGAUGAGAUUCAAAAAGCCUGACAGAAUAACCCUGAGAAUAAAGUUCAGUCUCGUCCUUACAUUCAGUGUUUAGCACCGAGUGCUGGAGGAUGAGGGGCUUUUUGUACGUUCCCUGUGGGGUAAACAGGCACAUCUAGCGCCAAAGAUUUGCUACCUUCUAAAGCCACUCAUCUCAAUGCAUGGAAGGUCAUAUGAUUACAAUCAGUUCAUUGUGGAGUUUUCAGAAUAUGUAUAUAUAUAUAUAUAUAUAAAAUAGGAAAGAAGUAGAAGAGUGAAACUGGGCAGCUUUAAAAACAAACUACUGCUACUUAUAUCUGCUAUACUGCCAUAUACAAAGUCCAUAUAGUGCACAAUUAUCAAGAGGGUACAGUAAAAAGACAGUAUCCCCUUGUGCAAAAUGAGUGCACUGAAUAGAGUAAACAUAUGUCUAUUUUAAUCAGAAAGAAUCAAUGGUUUCUAUUUAUUUAGCUAAACAGGGAAACUGAAGCUUGUGGGGUUGCUAAUCUGAUCCUCAGUGCACAGAUAAACGACCCGAAUAAUGAGCUAGUUAAACAGUCACAACAAAGGGGAAAGGGAGGGGUUUCAUCUCAUUAUCCAAGCAUGAAGUAGCUGCACUGCAGUGUCCCAUUUAGCUACCAGUGCCCUGAAUAUCCAGAGCCAGUGACACUUAAGCACCCAUAGCUGACCCCUAGCAUUACUUACUGGGAAUUGUGGGGGCUGACAAUACAUUCAGGCUUGACCUUGUUCUGUCACUGAACUCUGUGGCCGGAGAAAGGAAUGAAGUAGAAAAAUAGAUUUAUUUCAUGUAGCAUAUUAAUAAAUAAAAGCACUGUUUUUUA